AUGGCCUUGCAGAGGAGUAUAUUUCAGACAAGGCAAUACUUGUUUAGAUGUCCCAUUGUCCAAAUAAAAGUCUCACAACUAUGCAGUAAUUCAAGACAUAGUUAUAGCAGUAAAUCAGACCAAUCUUCUAGAAAAUAUACUAACAGACAUGAAUGGGUUACAGUGGAAAAAGAUAUAGGUACUAUUGGCAUCAGCAAAUAUGCUCAAGAUUCACUUGGUGAUAUAGUUUUUGCACAGCUUCCUGAUAUAGGAACUAAACUAGAAGCAGGUGAUGAAUGUGGCGCAUUAGAGAGUGUAAAGGCAGCUAGCGAAAUAUAUUCACCAGUCAGUGGUACAGUUACAGAGAAAAAUCGCAAAGUAGAAGAUAAACCAGGCUUAAUAAAUACAUCCUGUUAUGAUGACGGAUGGCUUUACAAAUUAAAACUUACAAAACCUGAAGAAAUUAAAGAUCUUAUGGAUGAAACUCAGUAUGAACAAUUUCUAAAGACUGACUUUGAACAAGAGCAUACAUGAGAGUACAUUUAAUAUGUUUAUUUUAUAAGAACUUUUCAUUAAAUUAUUUUGUUUAGUUAUGAAUUGUUU